AUGGCGUUGGCACCUACUUUCAUAGGGUCUAACCGCAGAAAGACCAAGCGACUGCGGAGGCCUGACACGAAAAUAACAGCUGUUAAAAGGCCAGAGAGACGACCAGGAAGAAAGAAAAUGGAGGUGGAGAAGGCGGUGGAGCUUCUUCUGCUUCUCCCUCCACCACCACCUCCUUCUCCUCCUCCUCUUAUGUCUCCUUCCUUCCCUCCCUCCUCUUGCUGCUGUCUUUUGAUGACUUUAGACAACCACCCCCAACCCAUUCCAUUCCACACCGAGUCGUCGUGCAAUUACACCACAGGUGGGAAUUUCUAUCCGUGUGUGAGUGUGUGUGGAUGGUAUGGAAUCCGCUGUGGGCGAUUGCGCCCACCGUCCGCCGCACUCACCAUCUCGGAAGUGUGGAGUGGUGGGAAGAUCAUCGAUAAUGCGUUGUUUGUUUAA